GCCCCAUCGGAAAUCGUGUUCGGGUUAGCGGAAACCAGGCUGUUAGCUUCAGGAAACCUGCAGGAAGAAAAAACAUUUUUCUCUCUGAAAUCAAACCUGCCCAAUACGGACUCGAAAAUUAACCGGUGCAGCAACAUAUCCCAGCACAUGGACCCCCGGGUGAAGACAGCGAAUCUUUGGGUUAUACGUCGAUAGCACGCCUGGGUGCCGAGGCGCCGGGCCGGAACCAGAACCAGGCCCAGGCGGACAAAAACCAGCGCUGGGUUUUGUGACGCGUCCGGGCUAGUCUCCGUGUGUCCACACUGGCAUGUUGUCUGUAGUGAAAGUGUAAUGUGUAUCUUGCUGUCUGUAUCCAGGCAGCAAGUCCCUGCUGUUCGAUGUAGAGGCUCGGGCAUGGGACUGCGAGCUAGUUUUGCUGCUAGCUAACACCGGAUUUAACUGCCAACAAGUUUUGCUCGCUAACAGCGACCUCCGGUAUGAGCGACAGACUUUGGUUUAAUGAAUGAAGAGGGCUUAUUUUACACCGUGUAACGUCUGUCACGUCGCUUGUUAGCUCUUUUAAAGGUCCGAUGAAUGUUUCUAGUGCGUGCUCAGCAGUGUAGCUAAAUCCUUAGCUGCUAAAUUAGCCUGCCUCCACCGCCCCAAUGAAAGAGUACAAAGUUGUCGUGCUGGGCAGCGGCGGCGUCGGCAAGUCCGCGUUGACCGUCCAGUUUGUCACCGGCACCUUCAUCGAGAAAUAUGACCCGACCAUUGAGGACUUUUACCGCAAGGAGAUCGAGGUUGACUCGUCUCCCUCCGUGCUGGAAAUCCUGGACACAGCGGGGACCGAGCAGUUCGCCUCCAUGAGAGACCUGUACAUUAAGAACGGUCAGGGGUUCAUCCUGGUCUACAGUCUGGUGAACCAGCAGAGCUUCCAGGACAUCAGACCAAUGAGAGACCAAAUAGUGCGUGUGAAGCGCUUUGAGAAGGUGCCGCUGAUCCUGGUUGGUAAUAAAGUCGACCUGGAGUCCGAGCGUGAGGUCGCUGGGUCAGACGGACGAGCUCUGGCUCAAGAGUGGGGCUGCCCUUUUAUUGAAACUUCAGCUAAGAGCAAGACCAUGGUGGACGAGCUAUUUGCAGAGAUUGUCCGACAGAUGAAUUAUUCCACACUGCCGGAGAAGCAGGAACAGUGCUGCACAGCCUGUGUGGUGCAGUGAGGAAGAGGUACAAAUGCAUCAUUUGACUGGAUCACCACAAGCAUUUUGAUGAACCAUGGGACAACAAGAGUUUGACCCUUUUGACAAAAAAAAAACUUACCACCGCACGUAACAUUUCCGCUCACAGUGCUUUCUGACUGUCCAUCACAGAGCAUCUGACAGGAAAGACGUCAGUCCUAUUUUUGAUAUCACAUAUGUUAGAAGACAUUUCUGCUGCAACCUUUAUGGCCUUUGUGAUGACCCAGAAUGGAGUCAGACAGAUGGACUUGGCCACGUGUGAAAAUGUUUUUUUUCUUUUCCUCCCAUUUUAGUCAGAAGUAUCCCAGAAAUAAUAAGCAAGUGUUUGUGAUGUUGCAGUUUCUUUUUAAAGCUGCUUUAAUCACUAUUAUAUACUUUAUUAUUACUUGUAUUAUGUCUGAAGUUUGGAAUUUGACGAAGUAUUUCAUAAUGUUGAAACAUUUUGUCUUUUAGGCAUGCAGACUUUGACGAGUUUGCUGCCUGGGUAUACUGCCUGUUUUUUCAUAUGACAAAAAACUAUAGCAGUGUGUAUAAUGGGCUGUUUAACUCAUUAUGGUCAGGAUUUACACAUCACAGAUUGAAUCAUCAAUGUAUUCAUCAGUCCACUUUGCUGUUUGUGGUUCUAAAAUUUAAUAUUUUUUAUUUUUGCAGUAGCCUAAAGUGGUUGAACUCUUCUGAAAACAUACUCAAAAUUGAAAGUGUUCCACUGAAUUAACCUGACGUGAUGAGGAAGAGCCAUGUAACUGUUUUAGUGUGAAUUAUGUCAGUCUCUCUACGAGGCAUUAGUCACAUGAACGCAGGUCUUCCAUUAUCGGUUUUCUCAAGGCGACUGUGAGAGAAUGAUUUUUGGAACGACCAAAGGAAGCUCACAUUGUAUAUUUGUGUUUGACUACAUGAUUUGUGUUGCUCUAAAUCCCAGAGACACUGACUCAUUUUAGAAACUCCCGCUGCAAUGUGGUUUGAUAAAGGUUCUGGCACAGUUGAUCACAUUUAACUUUGUAUUUUUGUUUUUCUUACAGUCAACUAUUUAUUAAAAAUUAACGACAUGGGUAGCCCGUUUUUAAACUUUUAAUUUUAAAGUAGUUCUUGCUUUUUGUGACUUCACAAUUCAUGAUGUUUUUGUUUUUGAAGCUGAGAAUUUAACAGAGCCUUAAAGUAUUUCUGUUGCAACCCGGUCUCACGCUUCUUUAUCAUCAUCAUUUAGUAAUAAAUAUAAAUGCCUUUCUGCU